AUGAUUGACGAUAUUCUGGCCGAAAUCCGGACCAAAACAGGGUCUACCAACGCCACCGACCCAUCUGGCCACAGCUACAACGCGUCUGCGGUCUCGACGUGGUCCAGAUCACCCGCGACUGACGCCGAGUCUCGAGAUCAGCUGCAGGCCACGUUUCUGGACCCCAAGCCGCAGUUUUCCAACCAAUGGCUGCGGUACAUUUCCGACGAUCUGUCGGUGGACAAGACGGGCUUUGUGGAGUCUCUUUACGGCGUUCCUGAGGCCACAAACCGGUCGGACGUCCGAUUCACUCGAAAGGGGAUGCGGGGCCAUAUCAGUGGCUACGAGGAGUUCACGACUAGCGGCGACAUUCUCAACUCGAAAAACUCGUUUGCCGUGAACCGGGCAACCGGGUCGCGACUCGAUUUCGUGCGGGGCCGAUCGGGAUUCAUGCCGUUCGCGCCCGGAGGAGUGGAGCUGGCCGAGAAGGAGGAGCAGAGUAACCUGCUGCACAGAGACGCCGACGGCCUGUUUGACGUGCCCCCGGGCUUUGAGCGGGGUAUGAACACAGCCACGGCGGUUGCUUCUGCGGACGCUGAGCUCGGAGAGCUGGCUGUGAAGGAGUCGUCGGAAGAAACAGGAGGAGACCCCGGGCUCGUGGGCGACCUGUCGUCGCAGAUCUCGAGUAUGCAGCUGGCGGAGGACGUCUCCAAACACCCGAUCGACGAUCUGCUGCCCAAUGAUAUCACUUUCGGACGGGCUCAAACUGCCGUGGCCCAGGCGGCCAAGCAGAAGGACUGGGCACAUGUGGUGAACGUGAACAAGGAAAUCACCAACUUCUCCGAACUGGUGCCCCAGCCAGCCCGUGAGUUCCCCUUUGAGCUGGACACAUUUCAAAAGGAGGCUGUUUACCAUCUCGAACAGGGCGACUCUGUGUUUGUGGCGGCUCAUACGUCGGCUGGAAAGACCGUGAUUGCCGAGUACGCCAUUGCCAUGGCCCAGAGAAACAUGACCAAGGCCAUCUACACCUCCCCUAUCAAGGCGCUGUCCAAUCAGAAGUUCCGAGACUUCAAAUCUGAAUUUGACGACGUGGGUAUUCUUACUGGAGAUGUUCAGAUCAACGCCGAGGCGUCUUCUCUGAUCAUGACGACCGAGAUUCUGCGUUCGAUGCUCUACCGAGGCGCUGAUCUCAUUCGAGACGUGGAGUUUGUGAUUUUUGACGAAGUCCAUUACGUUAAUGACGCAGACCGGGGAGUCGUAUGGGAAGAAGUCAUCAUCAUGCUUCCCGAGCACGUCAAGUUUAUUCUGCUAUCUGCCACCGUCCCCAACACGUUCGAAUUUGCCAACUGGGUCGGUCGAACAAAGCAGAAGGACAUCUACGUGAUUAGUACGCCCAAGCGUCCUGUUCCCCUGGUACAUUAUCUUCUCUGCAAGAACGAGAUGGUCGAGAUUGUUGACGAGCACAAGAAAUUUCUCGACCAGGGAUACAAGCAAGCUGUGGAGAUUAUGGAGGGUGAUGAUGGUAAGGCGAAGGGUAAAGGGGGUGGAAGGGGAGGUCGUGGAGGACGAGGUGGACGUGGUGGACGAGGGGGGAGCCCUCCAACUGGUCCUCUCUCGGACCGAGGAGGUAGAGGAGGUGGCCGAGGUGGAAGAGGAGGUAAAGGUGGUGGUGACGGAGGAGGAAGAGGUGGCCGUGGCGGUGGAAAUGGAGGGGGUGGAGGAAAAGGAGGAUUCUCUCGGGGUCCUCCCCCUCCCACUAAGCAAGCUUUCAUUCAGAUGGUCAAGAUGUUGCAUGAGAAAGAGCUGCAUCCCAUGUGUACGUUCGUCUUCUCGCGAAAGAUGUGUGAGCAGUUUGCCGGAUAUCUUUCUGGUCUGGAUUUCUGUAACAAGCGCGAGAAGGCUGAGAUUCACAUGUUCUUCGAUAAGGCUGUGACGCGACUAUCUCAGGUGGACCGAAACCUGCCUCAGAUUUUGCAGAUGCGGGAGUACCUGUCUCGAGGCAUUGCUGUGCAUCACGCCGGUCUGCUGCCUAUUGUCAAGGAGGUGGUUGAAAUUCUGUUUGCUCGAUCACUUGUUCGAGUUUUGUUUGCCACAGAGACGUUUGCCAUGGGUCUCAAUUUGCCCACACGAACGGUAGUGUUUGCUGGGUGCCGAAAACACGAUGGAACCACCUUCCGGGCUCUUCUUCCUGGAGAGUACACGCAGAUGGCCGGCCGAGCUGGUCGUCGAGGUCUCGACAAGACUGGUACCGUCAUCAUCAUGGCGUCCGGAGAAGUUACUCCCGAGGAGGACCUCAAGGAGAUGAUGCUUGGUCAGCCCACCAAACUGCAGUCGCAGUUCCGACUAACCUACAACAUGAUUCUCAACUUGUUGCGAAUCGAGGCCUUGAAGGUCGAGGAGAUGAUCAAACGGUCCUUCUCUGAGAACGCCAACCAGUUGAUGCUUCCCGAGCACGAAGCCAGUGUGAAGAGCCACGAGGAUCUGCUUCUCAAUCUCAAGAAGAAGAAUUAUGACGAUUGCGAUCAGUUCAUGCCCACUAUUCUCGAGCUUGGUCUUGAGCAGCAGACGUGUCUCAAGUUCAUUAUUGAGCAGGGUCCCAAAAUUGAAAACAUGCGUGAUAUUCUCAAGAUUGGUCGAGUUGUCAUUUUCAAAAACCCCACCGGCGCUCUGCGAAUCGGUUUUCUGGCCCGUUCCGUUAUUGGUGAAUCUGCCUCCAUUCUCAUGUUCCCUUGUGACAUUUCUUCUUCCAAGGCCAAGAUGGCAGCCACACUCCCCAUGUUCCCUCAGGUGGCGGGCUACAACAAGUUUCUGCUGGCUCCCCUGGCUCCCAUUUCGACAAAGCUAGAAGCAGCUUCUGUUCCCGUGUCCACCAUCGUCUUCCUCUCCAAGUACAUCAUCAAUAAUGUCUCGGGCGUGUCUCGGUUUGAUCGUCAGGCUGUUGAGCAGGCGUACAAGAGUAUCCAACAGAUUUGUACGCGUCGAGGACCCGUUCACGAGUGCAGUUUCGACAAGCUGAAGAAACUGGAUCUCACUGAAAAAUGCCGCGACAAGCUGGCCAUGUCGGUCGAGUUUUCCAAGAUUCCCUGCAUCAAGAAACUCAGUAAAAACUUCCUUCGUGCUUACACCCAGGAGUACGAGGAGUAUCAAUUGAAGGAGACGAUUGCAAAUCUUCGAAAGUCGUUGAACGACGAGAACCUGGAGCUGCUUCCUGACUAUGAGCAGCGAGUCGAGGUGCUCAAGGAUCUCAACUACGUCGAUACAAACAACAUUGUGUUGUUGAAGGGCCGGGUUGCGUGCGAAGUCAACUCUGGUUUUGAGCUGUUCAUUUCCGAGCUGGUGAUGGACAACUUUUUGGGCGAUUACGAGCCCGAGGAGAUUGUGGCCCUGUUGUCUGCAUUUGUCUACGAGGGCUCUCGGGAUGUGGAGGAGCCUGUUUCUGUCACCCCCCGGCUUGACAAGGGUCGAGAGAGAAUCAAGGAGCUGGUGGCCAACGUCAUGGAUGUGCUUGAGAAGCGUCAGGUGAUUAUGACAUCGGACGAGCAGCAGUUUUUGGAACGUGGGCGGUUUGGACUCAUUGAGGUGGUGUACGAGUGGGCACGUGGCAUGACUUUCGAGGCCAUUUCCGAACUAACUUCUGCCCAGGAGGGUAUCAUUGUGCGAGUUGUGUCUCGUCUCGAUGAGGUUUGUCGAGAAGUCAAGUCUGCCGCGCGGAUCAUUGGAGAUGCUACUUUGCAGGAGAAGAUGGAUGUUGCUCAGGAGAAGAUCAAGCGGGACAUUAUUUUCUGUGCCUCUUUGUAUUUGUAG